GUUCACAAUGGCUCACGGGUACGAGUCGGUCAAGAGUGUCAUCUGUCGUUCCGAGGAGUAGCCGUAUUGUACCCUGAGUCUAAGACUAUAGUACAACUACCAUAUGGGUUCGCAGUGAUAGUUCAUAAUGCUCCACUGUUUCUGCACUAACAAAAAAAGAUGAUGGAUGAUGAUGUGUUUGACAUCCGCCAGAUAGCACUGAGGAGGCAGCAAAGACGGUUGCACGCUCGCGCUUCCGUUGAACAACUUUUGGAAACAGAAGCUGCCACCUUUGGAAAGUGUCGAUCUAGCUCCUUUGACACCAAGAAUUUUGGGACUAAUUCAAAUAAUGGAACACAAAAUACUUUUGUUAGCACAAUGGCGGUUCCGCUCUUUGAAGAUGACUCUAGAUUGAGUAGGAUGCACGUACCGCCCAUCGUUAAAUGCGAGUGUAAUGGAGUAGAAGGUUAUGCUUUGAUCAACACAGGAGCAAUGGCAACAACGAUAUCAAUGAACAUGGUGAAAAAAUUAAGGCAAACAGAUCAGAUAGUCCAUGAUGCCUCCGCUAUUUUGAAUCCACUGGGGCUCCCUCUUCCAGAGUUCAAGGGAAAAGUUAAGUAUGUGGAUUUAACACUAGGACGUUGGCACCAGGUGUCUCAGUUCUUUGUAGUGGACGACACUGUGCCAGAAGUCAGCCUUGGCGUGGACUUUCUUAGGAAGACUCAAAGUGUUGUGCAUCUUGAAGAUGCCUCUCUCAGAAUAGGAGGACAAAAAGGAGAAAGAGUUUCGUUUCUCACCACUAGGGAUGUCAUAACGUUGUUCCAAAAAAAACACUAAAAACUCAUAAGGAUAAUUUUGCUUUCUUUUUUUUCCAGAACCUAUUGUCAAAGAUCGCUGAUAUCUUUAUACGUUACGUUAAUUAUGAACAAGUAAUGUUUUAUUAUGACAGCGCCUCAUCCUAAGUUUUAUUUGUAUUUUCUUUUAAAGUUUCUCUUUAUUAAUUCUGUACGACUCUCGUAUUUUUUUAGUAGUUUAUUAUGAUUGCAUGGCCAAAAAUAUCACAGAAAUUUCUUCACGAAUUACUACUUUGGAUAUAUUUUCAAUUUUCAGAAUAACUAUUAGUGCAAUUGACUGAUAAAUUUACUUGUAAUGUCUAUGGAGUUUAUUAUCAGUAGUGGGCAAAAAAUAACGAUUAACGAAAAAACUAAGUUAUCAGAAAUGCAUGUAAAACGCACAAAAAAACCCAUAUAGAUUGUUAAUACUGUUUUUGUUUAAUCUAUUGAAAUUGAUAAUUAAAUAAAAAUGAUAAAUAGCAUUGACGCAGGUAUUGAAUUUUAAACUAAAGUAACCUGAUAUUUUUUGAAGUAAGAAUAUAUAUGUUCUACUUAACAAAAAUAAUUUGCACUUGUGUGGAAAUCUUUAGAAUUAGAAAAAAUGUUCACAAAUUGAAAAAAAAGAAAAAGAAACUUAAACAGAAAAAAAGUAUUCAGUUUCAGCCAAAGGUUUUUAUAUAUUUAAUAUGUGAAUGACACGGUUGUUAAUAUCUAUAAUUUUAGUAAUUUAUUUAAUAAUAGUUUAUGGUAAUUAUAUCUGUUUAAUUGUUACAAUAUUUUGUUUUUACAGGGAUGAUAGAUAACUUAGGUUUUCAGAACAUAUCUGAUUUUUGUAAACCAUAAACAUUGUUCUUCUCUGUCCAGAAAAUAACAUCAAGCAGUAGAAGUUAUUUUAUGACGAAGUUAAAACUGUAGGUUCGAUUAGAAUCAAUAACAACAAAAAAGGCUUACCUGCUGGUGAUAAUUUGUGCAUUAGAAGUUAUCUUAUGACGAGAUUAAAACUGUAGGUUCGAUUAGAAUCAAUAACAACAAAAAAGGCUUACCUGCUGGUGAUAAUUUGUGCAUUAGAAGUUAUAUUAUGACGAGGUUAAAACUGUAGGUUCGAUUAGAAUCAACAAAAAAAGGCUUACCUGCUGGUGAUAAUUUGUACAUUUUCACCUGAUGCGACUUAAUUUGAUUAUAAAUAAUAAACCAGUGCUCGAUCCAAUUAUGAAUAUCGAACGCCCUUAACAAUUUUAAAAUUUGUAAAAAAAUAAUUUUCACUCACUCCGCUUAUGAAAUAUUCGUUUCUAAUCUAUGUAUUUGAAAAAGGUAUAUUUAGUUCGUGUGUUCGUUAAAGUAACAAUUGAUUUGUAAAAUACGUAGUAUGAUCUUUCUUACUUAUGAUUGAAAGUGUUUUAAUAAGAUGAUAACUACCGUACUUAAUUGUGGAAACUAUGAAAAAGGCUGUGAUUAAGUUUUCAAACAAUCUAAAUAUUCAUGGAGCAAUGUGUUGAAAUGUUUUGUUUUCAGAUAAACGUAAUUAUAUGCUUGUGUAUAAGAUACAGGUAACAAUUCUUUACCAGAAAUUUGACAGUGGCUAUUUUGUACUUCUUUACUCACUUUCUUAGAAGUAAUUUUGUCUUUAUCUGAUAGGUUUUAGCUCUUAUUAUAGAAUCUAGGACGAUAUAGUAAUAAAUCUCUCUUUGGAAGGAAGGCGUGAGUUAAUGACUGUAACCAGUAACAACGCAUAUGAAAGCUGACCAUUAAAUAACACUGUAGUUCCAUGAAAUAUCAUUAAAGAUAGUUAGCAAUAUUAGGUACAAUUUUAAGCCAGUUUCUUAAGCUGAACAGUGUUAUUUAAAAACAUUUGUUUUUGUUCAUGAUGGAACAGUUUUUCGACUUAUAGGCCGGACCCAUCUUUUUAUUAAAUAUUUAGCAUGGGGUCAGAGACGUUGUUAUUAACAGACAAGGCAGGAGCAGUCCACAAAAACCUACGUAAAAAAACAACAACAACAAUUCAAAAAUCUCUUUAUCUGUAGAAGGUUUUAGAGCAAAUUAUAUUUCUGAAAGUGAUAUUUUCUUAGUACUAAAAAUCGUUUAAUUCAGUAAGUAGUAAUUAUAAGAAUCUGAGAUCGUAGGAUCAAUGUUUUGGAUCAGACCAAUAAUCUAUUUCGCUGGAUUGCUAGUUCCAGAGGGUUGUAUGUAUUUUUCUGUAGCAAGACAGCAGCGUCUUUAAAAAGGCCAGUACAUCAAACAAGCGAUUGCAUAAUAGCAUAUUACUAGAAAUGGAAGUAUAGGAAGACAAAAACUCUAUUGGAAAAUCCUGAAAUCUAAGGUCCCGGCAUGGCCUGAUGGUUAGGGCACUCGACUCACAAUCUGCGGGUCGCGGGUUUGAAU